UUCAUUUAGCAGCAGGCGUCCAGCUUGCUUUGCCCCCAUCGCUUUUCGACCUCAAACCACCAUCGAACCGCUCCAUCGCCAUGUCGGUCGAGGUUACGCUUGGCACCCCCCUCGCGGAGGCUCUGAACAGCGCCAUCCAGGGCAAGAUCGCCGAGCUUGGAUGGGCCGGCCCUGGAGGUGAAGGCGCCGCCCUGUCCGAGUACUUCCUCCUCAUGCUCGCCAACGGAAAGACAGAAUCCGACAUUGCGGCCCCAGAAGUUGCUGGCGACCUCCUCGGGCUGGCCGCUGACGACCCAACCCCCGCCGCUUUCGCGAAAUGGUUAUUUGCACAGAUCGGCAUUCUCAGCGCUCAACUAGGAGGAGGCGCCAAUAAUUCAGCACAGGCCGAAGAUGCCGCCAUGGAAGGCGUCAAAGACGACGCGAUGGAUGGCGCCAUGGAUACGACCAUGGAUUCCACCUCAGAUUCGCCUGCCGCCGGCCUAAACGCGCCUACCGGACCCAAGGCAAUGCGGACCGGCAAUGUUCGCGGCGGCCGAGAGAAGCGCAUGGUGGGCCAGAUUAACCGGGCGUUGGAUCGAACUCAAGAUUCGAUCCUCCACCGCGUCCGCGCCCAAUCUGGCAAUGAGAGGAUCGGCAGGGGACCGCCAGCUGGGCCCCGGAUGGGCGUGGGCAGGCAGCCGCGGACGAGCAAUGCGCGGGCCGCGAACUUCGCCGCGAGACUAGGCGACUUCGCCGGAAUGCCCGCGGCCCCCCCGGGCAUGAACGGAAUGGGCGCGAUGAACCCGAUGGGCCCGAUGAACCCGAUGAACGGCGCGGCGUACGGACACCCGGAUAUCUACGCCAUGAUGGAGCAACAGAACCGCAUGCUGCAGCAGAUGCAGCAACAACUGAUGAUGCAGCAACAGCAGCAGCAGCAGCAGCAGCAACAGAACGGCAUGGGACACCGGGGAGGUCACGGUCAUGGCAAGCACCAGUUCGGCGGCAGGCCAGGCCCGUUCCGGCGCGGCGGGGCACACCAUCAGCACAACGGCCAUGCGGAGCAGUCUCAGCAACAACUGCCGCAACAACAGGGCGCUGAGGCGGGCCAGCCGGAUGCGGCCUCCCCCGGCGACGUGGAGAUGACUGGGGCGAAGCGGGAGCCAGCCAACCCCGAGGAGACUGUCUGCCGGUUCAACCUGCGCUGCCAGAACAAGGACUGCAAGUUUGCCCACCAGUCUCCGGCGGCGCCGCCCGGGAUCACCAUCGACGUCAGUGACGUGUGCAGCUUCGGCGCCGCGUGCAAGAACCGGAAGUGUGUUGGGCGCCACCCGUCGCCGGCAGCCAAGGUGGCGCAUCAAAGCGAGCAGGACUGCAAGUUCUUCCCCAACUGCGCGAACCCGCACUGCCCGUUCCGGCACCCGACCAUGCCGGCCUGCCGCAACGGCGGGGAGUGCAAGGUGCCGAACUGCAAGUUCACCCACAUCAAGACGCCGUGCAAGUACCGCCCGUGCACCAACCGCAGCUGCCCCUUCAUGCACGAGGAGGGCCAGCGCGGCACGUUCCAGGAUAAAGUGUGGACGGCCGACGGCGCGUCCAAGGAGCACGUCAGCGAGAGGAAGUUUGUCAACGAGGGCGCUCCCGAAGAUGUCGUCCUGCCCGGGUCGGGCGAGCCGGCGUCGGAGGCUGGCGCCGCGGAGGUUGUGAUGUAGGAUCGAGGCGCCGCUGCGUAUACCCGUGAUU